AUGCACCUGAUUCAGCACACAACCCAGCUACUUGAGCAAGAAGUUUAUGUCUGGUCGAAGUUGAAGCACGAGAAUUUACUUCCGCUAGUUGGCUAUGCCUUUGAUGUAGAGAAUGGUCAUCCAAUGCUCGUUUCGGAAUGGAUGGAGAACGGCUCAGCCUGGGUGUAUGCUAGAGAAACUCUGCAGUGUGAUUUACUGCGUCUAGUAACUGGGAUUGCCAGAGGGCUUGCGUAUCUCCAUGAAAGAGAUAUAGUUCAUUCAGACAUAAAAUCGGAUAAUGUUCUUGUGUCAGACAGCGGGGACGCUCGUAUCUGUGACUUUGGAUACACCCGUAUGAUUGAUGCCAGUAAAAGCCUGGUGAAUUUAAGUACGGGUAUAAAGGGAACUCCACAGUACUUGGCAUACGAACUGUUGGCAGAUCCAUCCAAGUAUACAAAGCACAGCAAAGAGUCUGAUGUCUGGGCGUUCGGAAUAACUGUUUUCGUGAGCAAUUCCUCUAAGUAA